AUGGCAGAUGCCACAUGGCUCCCAGCACCUAACUCUGUGCUCAAGGACAUACUUGUUUGGCUGGACAAUCGGUUCCUGGAAUUCUGUCGGAGACUAGAAAGCAUGAUAUGUGUGCCUACCGCUGUAGUGACAACUGCUCCCUCACACCAGGGCCCACCGCGACAGCCUGCGGCUCCACCUAGAAGGAAGCACCGCUCACGACGUCUGCACAAACGGCAGGUGCAGCUCAAGCGACGGACAUCCCGAUGGCUCCCCACGAAGAUGCUGAACGCCACCAGGAAACUUAUACAGAGAUCAACAUUACCUAAAACCCAACAACUGCGCUCCAGCACUAUCACCAGGCACCUACUGGACAUACCCUGCAAAAGCUCACCAGCACCACCUGCCACGUAG